GCUUGACGAAGGUCGCCAUUCGCUCUCUUUUAACUAAAUAUUUUUCUACUCAAUCGGAAUUUGUUUGUGCUUGUCUUUGGAAAAUAGACGCAAGCAAAUAAAUUUUUGUUUAUCCAUAAAAUGUUUUGAAAUUCGCGUAAUAUUUUGAUUAACAUAAGCUUAUUGCCUGAAAUAUCUUUAUCUUUACCAUGGUACGGUUGAAGGCGAAAUUGUGCGUGUUUGGUGAAAAGUGUCUAUAUAUAUGUAUAUUCAUAUUUGUUAUGCAAAUAAAUCAAGAAUUCAAAGCUAAUCUAUAUAAUAAAAAGGAUAAAAGUAAUUAUAUGGGGCCGACUUGGUUUCAAUUACUAAACUAAAUCAAAUUAAUUGCAUUAUAAAAUGUCCUCAAGUCACUGUAGCACAAAAAGCAAGAACGAAUCACCUAAUCCUAAUAAUGAUCAAAUAAAUACUAAUGUGAAUUCAUACAAUGAUUAUCUCGAUAAUUUAGAAUCAGAACGUGAACGUGAGCGUCGCUCGAAAUUGUUGGAUAUAAUCAAUUGGCUACAACAACGUCAUCAUGAUAACCGCGAAGUAACGCAAGGCGCCUUACAAGUGUGGCGUGGUUUGCCGGAACGCAUCAGGCAGGAUCCCAGCUUAGCGUCAUUUCGUCAUGAGCAUGAACGCGUGCAUGGUUACGAACCUACUGAUGUGGACCCCUUGCCGUCUGAUGAUGCAGAUGAACGAAGUCAAAACAAUGGGGGCGUUGAUGCCGAUUUGGUCAACGACAAUGAUUGUUUGGAUCAUAAACCGAUCGACAACGUUAAGAAAUUUAAUGCCUUCAAUAUUACCAACGAAAUGGGCCAAAUGCGUAUUUUGGAUGGACGUGAAGUUGAGAAUAACAACGACGAUCAGCAGGAUGAUCCAGAGCAGUCAGUAACAUCUAAGGUGAAAAAAUACUUGAUAUGGUUUAAGAUUUCCGUGCUGCUGGUAGUGUGGAUGGUAUUUACCGCGUUUCUGAUGUCCACGAAUGAACAUGUAGAUGUCCUGAAACUCAUAAGCAUACCAGCAAAUGGAGCAAAAAAAUUGUUUCCCAUCAGCACGGAGGAGUUGACCCGAAUAGGUUUGAGUUUGAAAGGACCUUUCAGACUACAAGAAGCUGAUACAGUGGUUGAUAAGUUGCAACGACCACCUCCUCUAUUAGAAGUGUGUGUGGAACGUGUUUAUUACAAUAUUAGCGGCGAGACAGAUUAUCAGUUUAUGAAAAUCCUGGCUGGAAAAUAG